AUGAUUGCUCCUAUCACCGGCAAGUACCGCAAGCAGAUCAUCAAGGAUAUUAGCAUCUCCCUCGUUCUCGGUGCCGUUGGUGGUGCUGCCUGGUGGAACCUUUACCACGUCCCUAAUGUCCAGGUUCGCGAUGCUUACUACGCCAAGCUCGAGGCUUCCAAGCGCCAGUAA